CUCAAUGGCUGCAGUUGUAAAUUAUCUAUUGAAAAAUGUAUACAUGCCCACUUUUUCUAUUGGAUUGGAUUGGACAAAAAACAAACUUAAUGCUGAAGAAAACAGAAAUGCAUGUUUGGAUAGUUUUAAACAUUUCAUUGAAUACAUUGAAGCAACCGAAGAAAACUAUAAGCACAUAGUAAAAUUUCAAGACAAUGGCAGAAUAGAUAUUUCUGGAGUAAAAACUUUUGAAGACUGUCAAAAGUUUGCUAUAUUUGAUGAAAAAGUCCUUCUUGUAGAACAACUGAUGGCAGAUUGGAUUAGAGUAAUUCAAGAGGUUAUUGCUGAAAGUGGUCAAAUUCGAAUGGAAGCUGAUAAUGUUGGUCCUCUUCAUGAGCUUAGAUAUUGGCAAUAUAUUUUAUGUAGACUUAGUUCAGUUGCUGAUUUUGUGCAGUCUGAUAAAUUCAAUACUGUCAUCAAAAUACUGACUGCUGCACAGUCCAGAAUAUUAAAGCUCUGGGCAGAACAAGAUAGAACUUUAACAAAUAAAAUUAAUGAAGCCCGAGAUAACGUAAAAUAUUUACAGCAGCUGGAAAAAAUUUGUCAAAAAUUUUAUGAAAAUGAUAUGGUAUGUAUCCUGAUUGCCUUUCUUAAUUGA